AUGCUCUGCGGCGUACCCGCCCGCAUCACCCUGUACCAUCACAUCCUGGGCAACACGUUGGCGGGGAAUGAGUUCGACACCAGCAAAUUGCAGCCGAUCGAAGGGCUGGUGGGCAUGCCCUUGAAACGGAUGAAGGAAGCGUUGGCUCGACUGAAAAGCCAUGGAGUGGCAGGUGUUGGAGCAGAGAUCGGCGUGUCUCUAGACACGACGACCGUUUUUGUCCAUGACGCACUAGACGUGCUCAGGAAAUGCUUGAUGCACUCGGAGGCAGGCCAUAGAUCGCCAGAUAUGGUCCCGCUGGAUGGACCUCCUCGAAGACCCAGGAAUGCUGAUUCAGUACGGAAGCACGUGGCGAGGAGAUCUUUUCGGGCGAGAGCCUUGGGGGAGCGACAGCAGGCCAGCUCGAUCAGUAGAAUCCGCAAAUCGGCGCGGAGUGCUCAGGACACCGCCGUGAGUCUGCUGGCCAGGACGCAUCAGCUUGAGGUUCCGUGGAUCCUUUUCUUCAAAGAAAAGGCCUUGGUCUUUCUUGUGAAGCCGACGGCACAUUCUGGCAAUGUCUGCAAGGCGGUGUUCGUGGGCUGCGUCCAAAACCUCUACCUCUCCACGGAGGCGGGUAUCAUCUCCGACCUCGUGAAAGGUGCCGCCAUCAUGCGCCCUGUCCGUGACCGCCUAGCUGUGAUUCGCCAGGCCCUGGCAGCCAACCCCUCUCUUGAGCUAUCCUGA